CGCGAUUGACAUACAAGCGCCACCACCGCUCCAUCGGCGAGAACCUUCGAACACGGUAUCGGGUCAAGCUACUAAGCCAUUCGAAGCUAUCGAAUUGGACGAGUCUGAACCUGAGCAAGCCAUGGACACGGAACCACAGCAUACAGCGGCAGGUCUUGACGAAUCUGGUAUCCGGGAUAGCCCGCGGCCAGUCAGCGCGAUACCGGCUGGUGCUCCUGCUACUAUGGAAUUGGUGGAACCGACUCCAUCUUUGUCGGGAGCACAGGACCACCAGACCUCCCCGCCAGAGCCUUCCGGACCGGUUGCAUCCACAUCUGAGUAUAGCGCUACAAAUAGGAAAUCAGGAACCCCGACUGUCGGCACCAUCGUACCAGCACUCGACAGCAUGGCAAUUAGCCCUGCCCCUGAGCAAUCGUGCACGCAUUCCUCCACAAAAACCGGGGGCGAGAAUGCGACCUCGCCUUUGGGAUCGCACGACAUGAAUGCGGCUACAAAUACUUUUGCACGGUCGGAGAUUCGCGAAAGUAGCAAGUCCAAGCGGAUCAACCAGUCUUCGGCAGCCCAACUUCAGAGCAUAGAGUCUCUUCUUCCUCUCGCAUCGGACGCCAUGGAAGUGGACCUCCCCGUGCAAACACCGUCACCUCCUCGAAAGAGCCCAGCAAUUUCCUCGAGCUUCAAAACUACAGAACGCUCGCCUCCGUCGAGCACACAGAAGGCCAGCGUCGUGAGAACGCUCUAUUCUGGCAGCGGUGGAUUCUUCAAAGCUGUUCACGACCGCCGCAGCGAGAGGCGGAACUGCGCGGUGCUAUCUCCGCCUCAAGUACAAUCCCCUCCACAGGCUCGGCCCUCGUCUCAGAUGCAGCCUCUGCCGCCAGUCCGGUCUCCUGUACUGCCUUCAAGUUCUCUGGUUCACUCCGGGCAGAAGUCUGUGAGCUCACCAGUGUCAAGCCGGCGUAAUUCGACGGUGCCGUCACCCGACACUGAAGCUAGCUCAGGGCAUGAGCUUCCACCGACCUCAGCAGAAGUCUCAGCUAGUGAAGGUGUUGAACCCAAGUUACGUUCGCGAGUUCGUGGCGACAACAUUCCGCCUGCUUCAACAGUGGAACUUCAACUUCGGGCUGAUCCGAACGUUAUGCAGGUUUGUUUUGUCG